GUAAUGCCCAUGCUGUUCUACACUCUGACUGCAGCUUUUCUGAUCGGCACACAGGCAGCUCCCAAGUCAGAGGACAAUGCUCCACUGGAGUAUCCUGCAGAACACUCCCUGCUCAGCUCCCGGAGCGACCGACACCGCAUUGCCCAGGAAGCUCCGCAGACAUCCCACGGCCACGCCACGUGGAGCCUCGGCAGGAGAGAAGCUCUAAACAUCACCGUGGACCCCAAAAUUUUUCGGAAGCGGCGUUUCCGGUCUCCCCGGGUGCUGUUCAGCACGCAUCCCCCGCCGCUGGCCGGGCAGGGCCAGAAUUUGGGAUUUCUCAGCGGCGCGGGGGCUCUCAACAGGACUGCCAGGAGCAGGAGGAGCACGCACCCCGUGCUGCACCGCGGGGAGUUCUCGGUGUGCGACAGCGUCAGCAUGUGGGUCGGGGACAAAACCACGGCCACCGACAUCAAGGGCAAGGAGGUGACGGUGCUGGGCGAGGUCAACAUCAACAACAACGUCUUUAAGCAGUACUUUUUUGAGACCAAGUGCAGGGACCCCAAGCCGGUGUCGGGCGGGUGCCGUGGCAUCGACGCCAAGCACUGGAACUCGUACUGCACCACCACCCACACCUUCGUCAAGGCCCUGACCAUGGAGGGCAAGCAGGCAGCCUGGAGGUUCAUCCGCAUCGACACCGCCUGCGUCUGCGUGCUCAGCAGGAAGGCGGCCAGGCCCUGA